ACACUGUUUGGCUGCUGCUGAUGCCUACGUGACUCAGAGACGGUUAUCAAUGGCGCGCAACAACACAAACACACAAGUUCACUGACCAAAUCGAAACAAAACCAAUUGUAGUGCAACCCCUGAAGCAAGCAGACAGUUCAACCUGAUAACGUCGAGUCGAAAUUAGAAAUAAACCGGAGUCUGAGUGCACCUGAAGAUUCUUUGUUUUAAAUAAAUUGUUGGCAAUCGCAGGAAAUACAUAGAUUAAAAAAACAAAGAAAAAGAAAAACAUAGAACCUUGGGCAAAUUCGAAAGUUGUUGCAGUGCUUUGUGUUUGCGAAGUAAAUUGAAGUAAAGUGAAGUGAAUUAAAGUGAAGGUCUUGAUCUUUUAAAAGUAUUAAGCAUUAUGUUGGACAUGAUCCAACCCACUAAUCCUGAGCAGCUAAGCAGCAGCGACUCUCACAAUAACAACAACAACAACAACAAUGAUGUGGUUGUUAUCAGAGCCAGGCCCAAAAAGGUAUUCAAACCAAAGGCUCGAAUCAAUCGUAUACCCCAGGAGUUGUUAGAUGAUCCCGUACUGCAGCGGGCCAUCGAGCGUCUGCCCGCGAAUUAUAACUUUGAACUGCAUAAGACCGUCUGGCGGAUUCGGGAAAUGAAAGCGAAACGUGUUGCUCUGCAGAUGCCGGAAGGUUUGCUCAUGUAUUCCAUGAUCAUAAGCGAUAUCAUUGAGCGUUUCACUAGCGCCGAUACCGUAAUUAUGGGCGAUGUCACAUAUGGCGCCUGUUGCGUCGAUGAUUACACGGCACAGGCACUGGGAGCCGAGCUAUUGGUGCACUAUGGACACAGUUGUCUGAUACCAGUGGAUCAGACAUGCGGCAUUAAGGUUCUAUAUAUAUUUGUGGACAUCAAAAUUGAUCCGUUGCACUUUCUGGAUUCAGUUAAGCUAAAUUUUAAGCCGGAAGUUGGUCAAAUAGCACUCGUUAGUACCAUACAAUUUGUGACCACUCUGCAGUCGGCAUCCACAGAGCUUAAGGCAGCCGGGUAUGAUGUUAUUGUGCCCCAAGCAAAACCCUUGAGUCCUGGUGAAAUAUUAGGUUGCACGUCACCCCAGUUGCCGGAGACAACACAAAUGAUUAUUUAUCUAGGUGAUGGACGUUUUCAUAUCGAAUCGGCUAUGAUAGCCAAUCCUCUAUUGAAGGCCUAUAAAUACGAUCCAUAUGAGAAGAAAUUUACGUUGGAACAAUAUGAUCAUGCUGCCAUGCAGAGUCUCCGUUUGUCAGCAAUACAGCGUGCCAAGAAGGCAAAACGCAUUGGCAUUAUUCUGGGCACACUUGGUCGUCAGGGCAGCUCACGGGUGCUUCGGUUUUUGGAGAAGCGUCUGCAGGCCAAGGGCAUAGAGACAACAACAAUUUUGCUGUCCGAAAUCUUUCCCCAAAAAUUAGAUCUCUUUGGUGACAUCGAUGCCUUUGUCCAGGUUGCCUGCCCCCGCUUAUCGAUUGAUUGGGGAUCAGCGUUUACGCAGCCUCUGCUCAAUCCGUAUGAGCUCUCCGUGGUUUUGGGCGAUGUCGAAUGGACACCGGAUAAUUCGUCGCCACGCACCAAUGCCUAUCCCAUGGAUUUCUAUGCCAAUGGCAGCUUGGGACCUUGGACGCCUAAUUUUAAGCCCCCAGCACUAGGAGAAUGUGAGAAUCGACCGUCCGCCGAUUGUUGUGGUCGUUGCACUCGUGCCGAACUGGAAAAGGAUGAUACUGGCAAGGCGGCCGCUUUGGCCGAUUUGUUGGACUUUAAAAAGGGAUAAAGCUAAAUGAUGAUUAAGGAUGACUUGCGCCAAUGUAAUUAAUUGCAUACUAAUUUAGUUAGUACAAAUUUUUGUCGGUUUUUAAGUUAUAUCUCCCCGAUCCAUAUCCCUGAUUAUAUAUUAAGGACCAACUACACUUUGUGUUCAAUCCGGGCAAAACAAAAAUGAUAACUCAACUCUGUGUAAAUGUCUUUCAUUAGUUUAGUUAUAUUCUUUUAGUUUUUAGAAUCAUUUGCAACUGUUAUACAAACAACAACAACAACACCAACAUAAUGAUACAAAUUUGAAAACAUUACACUAAAAUGUUGAAAAACUUUAAA